AUAAUUGAUUUUGAAGUUUUGGGUUUGUUUGGUUUGGCUAUUGCCACAUGAAACUUAGUAUUGUUUUGUUGUUGAUCAAUUGUUUAAUUGAAUUCUUUGAAUUCGAUCAAAUUAAGGCAGGUGUAAAAUUUUCAAUUUUUUUAAUAGAGAUCGGGCCCUGGUUCAAUUAGUGAGCCACUGGUUCAACCAUUAAACCAGUGCCCUGACCCAAUCGAUGACUGGUCUGGUUUUUAAAACAUUGCUCUUACUCUACUCUUCAUUCAUUCCAUAGCAUCCUUCAAACCCCAACCAUACUAGCCCUCUCUAUUUCUCUACUAAGCUUCAACUCCACUUGGGCUUUAAAUUUCAGGGAUUCAAAGCAAAAAUGCUUCCUCAACGCAUGAAGAAAGCCAUCACUGAUAACCCUAAGAAGCUUGCCAACUUGAUUGACCUCGUCAACCUUCCAUCCACGCUAAGAGAAUUUGUGGGUCAGUCUCAGAUUUCCCGCUUAGGCUGUUUUAAGUGCGUUUGGUUUUACAUCAAAACCAAUAAUCUUCAGUUUCCAACUUGCAAAUACAAACCAUCUUCAGCAGCACCAGCAUGUGAUAUCGGUUAUUGCUUGCUCACAGUCAGGUGAUGAUGAACUUUGUAAUCGGUGAAGCACAUUUAAGUUAUGAACAUCUUUACUAGGAAAUGUUUGUGUUUCCAAUCAUAUUUGUUGCGUUCUCUUGUAGGCUUAGGGUAGGAAAACAAAAACUAGUUGGAUCCAUUUUUCUUUUUUAAUAUAGCUAUUGUGCACAUUUUUUCUGAUAGCAACAUAGUUCUAUGCAACUUAAGCACUCCCAAAGUUA